AUGGGAAGCGCAGGUGCGCUGCUUUGGCACCCGCCGCCGCAGUUGCACCCCGGUGGCGUCCUCUUCCGCCAGAGCCGGCCCCUCCUGCGCCAGCGCAACCUGCCUCUAUUAUCGCUAGCUGCCGCGGCGCUCGAGCCCGAGCUCCGCCGCCGGCAGCGCCUCCGCUGCACUGCCGUCGACGGGGACGGCGGGCCCCGGGAGGCUGGCCCACUGCCACAGAAGGAGUCUCCGUCCAGCCGCAUCGGCGCCGCACUCGAGGACCCACCUCCUGUGGAAAAUGGUUCCUUCGGAGGCCCCUCAGAAGAAGAACAGAGUGCUCUGUAUAAUUUUCUUUAUCCAAGCAAAGACUUACUUCCAGAUGAUAAAGAGAUGAGUAUAUUUGAUCAUCUAGAGGAGCUUCGUGAGAGGAUUUUCAUCUCAGUUUUGGCUGUUGGGGCUGCGAUGCUAGGCUGUUUUGCUUUUUCAAAAGAUUUGGUUCUUUUCCUAGAGGCCCCAGUGACUGUUCAGGGUGUUCGGUUUUUGCAGCUCUCGCCUGGGGAAUUUUUCUUUACAACAUUAAAGGUUUCAGGUUAUUGUGGCCUUUUACUUGGAAGUCCUAUCAUUUUGUAUGAGAUCAUUGCAUUUGUUAUCCCAGGUUUAACAAGGGACGAGCGGAAAUUUCUCGGGCCUAUUGUGUUGGGUUCUUCUGUUCUAUUCUACCUAGGCAUUUUCUUCUCCUACACGGUUCUCAGCCCUGCUGCGUUGAACUUCUUUGUGAAUUAUGCUGAUGGGGCAGUGGAAUCGUUGUGGUCUAUUGACCAGUACUUUGAAUUCAUACUUGUGCUGAUGUUUAGCACAGGUUUGUCGUUUCAGGUCCCUGUUAUCCAGCUUUUGCUGGGACAACUUGGAUUGGUUUCUAGUGACCAAAUGCUUUCGAUCUGGAGAUAUGUUGUUGUUGGUGCUGUUGUUGCUGCUGCUGUGCUUACACCUUCGACGGAUCCAUUGACACAAAUGCUCUUGGCUGGUCCUUUGCUUGGUUUAUACUUGGGUGGUGCAUGGAUGGUCAAGCUAAUUGGGCGAUAA